AUGAAACUUGAACCAGGAACGGUCGAAGCUCUUUACAACAGUCAGACUAAUAAUCCGCUGUACAAGAAUCCCAUUCUCCAGAUUACAUCUCUAGGGAAAUUAUCAGUUGCUAUUGGGGACAAGCAAAGAUAUCGAGUCAACCUAUCUGACGGAGUAAGCUAUAUGAAGGGGAUUUUUUCCAGUGAGCUCACACCUCACUUUGAGAAGGGGCUCGUGAGCAAAUACAGCCUGAUUAAGCCUGGAAGGUUUAGUGUAAGGUCAAAAGAUGGCAGCGUGUACAUAUACAUCCAGGAGAUCCAGGAAUACGAAGACUGUAAUGUCGAGAUUGGGAAGCCUGUCAACAUAAGUACUGGAAAUGCAUCUUUUAGUGAUAAUCAGCCAAGCCCGGGAAAUCCAAGACGUAUAGAAGGGAGCAACCAGCAGCAUUGUAGGCCUACAGAUGAGGGGGAUAAAAAAAGAGUAAGGAGAGAUGCUGAUGAUGAAGGAGAAUUUGUAGCGAUAAACAUGCUGAAUCCAUUUUACAAUAAGUGGACAAUAAAGGGAAGAGUGGUAGUGAAGAGUGAUAUAAGAAGGUUUACCAACCACAAAGGGGAAGGAAAAGUAUUUAAUUUUGAGAUUUCGGAUGGAACUGCACAAGUAAAAAUAAUAUGCUUUUCGGAUUGUGUGGACAUAUUCUUUCCGAUAGUGGAGGUUGGAAAAGUGUACAUUAUCUCAAAGGGAACUGUAAAGACGGCAAACAAGCAGUAUUCCACAAACCCCUUUGACUAUGAAAUAAUCUUGGACAAAGGCUCGGAAGUUAGGUGUGCUGCCGAUGAUGGGUCACCUCGAUAUUUCUUCAACUUUGUUAAGAUUUCAGAUCUAUCGCUCGGGAGUACCUAUUGUGAUGUAAUUGGGGUUGUCAAGGAAGUGUACAGCCCUUCGACUGUGAUGAUUAGGAGCACUCAGAAUGAACUCCUCAAAAGGGAUGCCAUUCUUGUUGAUGAAAGUGGGAGUGUGAGGUUAACGUUAUGGGGGCCAAAGGCUGAGAUUGAUAUUGAAGGAGGAAUGGUUCUCGGACUAAAGUCUAUCAAGGUCAGUGAAUUUAACGGAAUCACGAUAUCAACUACCGGAGGAUCACAGGUUGUAGUGAACCCAGAUAUUCCUGAGGCACAUGAGCUUGCAGGAUGGUAUCAAUCGAUUGGCAAAGAUAUGCAGGUAUCUCUCCCCCGGAAAGAAGAAAAGAGGAGAUUGAUACAGGAAGUCAAGGAAAACGAGCUGGCCUAUUCGACGAUUCAAGGGACAGUAAUGUUCCUGAAGGAAGAUGCACUGUGGUACACAUCAUGCAAGGGUGAGGGAUGCAACAAGAAGGUCGCGAUGGAGGAAAGUGGGAACUACAGGUGUGAGAGAUGCAACAUGACAUAUGAGGACUGUAAUUACAGAUAUAUGGUCAGUAUGCAUCUUGGAGAUUUCACAGGGCAGAUAUGGGUGAGCCUCUUUGAUGAGGCGGCAUCAGGAUUCUUUGGAAUAUCUGCGAGGGAGAUGAAAGAGAUGAGCGAAGAGUCUCCUACUGAGCUACAAACACUAAUUAGAAGGAUGUAUUUCAGGGAAUGCCUAUUCAGAAUUAAGUCGAAGCAGGAUAGCUACAAUGAUGAGCUUAGAAUGAGAUACAGCGGAUUGAAUGUAAUCACCCUGGAUAUAUUGAAGGAGUCAAAAAGGCUUCUUGAUGUGAUUGAGAAGGUAUAA